CCUCAUCGCUCAGGGUGCAGAGCCAGGGAGCCAGCUGCAUGCGCCAGGAGCUUCAGCUGUUCCCAGAGCGACUUCCUCCUCAAGCAGGUACCAGAACCAGCCCAGGACAUUGCUAUGGGCAUCCUGCUGCAGCUGUUCAUCUUUGCCUCUGUCUUUCGCCCAGGCCAGCCCUCCUGGGGCGUCUCCAGUCCAGAUGGUGUGCAGGGCGUGAAGGGGUCCUGCCUGGUCAUCCCCUGCACAUUCAGAUUUCCUGCUGAUGUGGAGGUGCCCAGCGGCAUCACUGCCAUCUGGUACUAUGACUACGCAGGCAGUCGGCGGGUGGUGAGCCACUCUGCCAGCCCUGAGCUGGUGGAGUCGCAUUUCCACGGCCGCGCGCAGCUGCUCGGAGACAUCAGCCACAGAGCAUGCAGCCUGAUGCUGAGUGACCUGCAGCCAGAGGACACCGGCACCUACAACUUCCGCUUUGAGAUCAGCGAGGGCAACCGCUGGUCAGAUAUCAGAGGCACCUCAGUCACUGUGACAGAGGAGCCCCAGGUUCCCACCAUUACCACCCCCAAAGAGCUUCAAGAGGGCACAGAGGUGACCUUCAACUGUUCCACGGCCUACGUGUGUCUGCAGAAGCCGGUCAGCCUGAAAUGGCAGGGCCAGGACCCGACUCGUUCCGUCACCUCCAACGUCCAGAAACUUGACCCUAUGGGUGGUGUCAGCCACAUGGAGACUCUCCAAGUGGCCCUGUCCUGGCAGGACCAUGGCCGGGCCCUGUUCUGUCAGCUCUCGGUGUCCGAUCGCAGGAGUCAGGGCCAGGUUCACCUCCUUGUACAGCAUGCCCCCAAGGGCGUGGAGAUCCUCCUCAGCCCCUCGGGGCAGAACAUCCUUCCAGGGAAUCUGGUCACACUCACUUGCCGAGUGAACAGCAGCUACCCUGUCGUCAACUCUGUGCAGUGGCUCAAGGACGGGGUGAGCCUCAAAGCCAAUAGUCCCUUGCUGCAGCUGUCCCAGGCAGCCUGGAAUGAUUCCGGUGUCUACACCUGCCAAGCUGGGAAUACAGUGGGCUCUUUGGUCUCGCUGCCUGUCAGCCUGCAUGUCUUCAUGGCCAAGGUCGAAGUGAGUCCAUCAGGCCCCAUCCUGGAGAACCAAACCCUGACGCUGAACUGUGACACCCCCAAGGAGGCACCCAGUGAGCUCCGCUAUAGCUGGUACAAGAACCAGGUCCUGCUGGAGGAUGCCCACACCCCCACCCUCCGGCUGCAUGUGGCCACCAGGGCUGAUACUGGCUUCUACUUCUGCGAGGUGCAGAACACCAAGGGCAGCGUGCGCUCUGGCCCCGUCAGUGUGGUGGUCACCCACCCACCCCUCGUCCCAAAACUGAGUGCCUUCCUAGAGACGCAGUCCAGGCUCAUGGGCAUCUUCCAGUGCUCCGUGGUCAGUGAGCCCCUGGCCACACUGGUGCUGUCACAUGGGGACCUCAUCAUGGCCUCCAGCUCUGGAGAGAGGGAUUAUAGCCCCCGUGUCAUCGUCUCCUCUGCUCCCAACUUCCUGCGCCUAGAGAUUCGAGACCUGCAAGCAGCUGACAGUGGGGAGUACAAGUGCACAGCUGCCAACUCCCUUGGAAAUGCAACCUCUACCCUGGACUUCCACGCCAAUGCUGCCUGGCUCCUCAUCAGCCCAGCGUCCGAGGUGGUGGAAGGGCAGGCAGUGACUCUGAGCUGCAGGAGUGGCCUGAGCCCAGGGCCCGACGCCCGCUUCUCCUGGUAUCUGAAUGGAGCCCUGCUUCUCGAGGGACUCAGCAGCAGCCUCCUGCUCCCUGCGGCCUCCAGCACUGACGCCGGCUCUUACCACUGUCGUGCCCAGGACAGCCACAGUGCCAGUGGCCCUUCAGUGCCCUCUGUCCUCACCGUGCUCCACCCCCCACGCCAGCCCACACUAACCGCCCGGCUGGAACUGGAUGCCCCCAGUUCUGAGGCUGGGCGGCGCGGCCUCUUGCUGUGCCGUGUGGACAGUGACCCACCUGCCCAUCUACGGCUGCUCCAUGGGGAGCGUGUCGUGGCCACAUCUUUGGAGAGCGGCUGCUGUACGUGUCAGGGUUGCUCCCGGCACACAAAGGUCACCAUCGUGCCCAACCUGCUGCGGGUGGAGAUCCACGACCCUGUGCUGGAGGAUGAGGGCGUGUACCUGUGUGAGGCCAGUAAUGCCCUGGGCAACACCUCGGCCUCAGCUACCUUCAAUGCCCAGGCCACCGUCCUGGUCAUCACCCCGUCCAACUCACUGCAGGAGGGCACUGAGGCCAACCUGACUUGCAUUGUGAGCCGGGAAGCAGACAGCAGCCCUGCCAACUUCUCCUGGUUCCGGAAUGGGGUGCUGUGGGCUCAGGGCCCCCAGGAGACCGUGAGACUACCAUCUGUGGCCAGGACAGAUGCUGCCCUGUAUACUUGUCACCUUAUCACUGAAGCCAGCACCCAGCCCUCGGCCCCUGUGGUUCUGAGAGUGCUCUAUCCCCCGGACCCUCCAAAGCUGUCAGCUCUCCUGGACAUGGGUCAGGGCCACACAGCCAUGUUCAUCUGCACUGUGGACAGUCAUCCCCUGGCUCAGCUGUCCCUGUUCCAUGGGGAGCACCUCCUGGCCACCGGCCGUGGACCCCAGCUCCCAUCCCAUGGUAGGCUCCACACCAAGGCCACCACCAACUCCCUGCAACUGGAGGUCCGAGAACUGGCUCUUGGGGACUCUGGUUGGUACCACUGUGAGGCUACGAAUGCUCUGGGAUCGGCCAACACUUCCCUCUUCUUCCAGGUCCGAGGAGCCUGGGUCAAGGUCUUGCCAUCUCCAGAGCUCCAGGAAGGCCAGGCUGUGGUCCUGAGCUGCCAGGUGCCCACGGGGGCCCCUGAGGAGUCCUCAUACCUCUGGUUUCGGGACGGCCAGCCCCUCCAUGAGUCAACCUCAGCCACGCUGCGCAUUGCAGCCAUUACUCCGAAGCUUGCUGGCGCCUACCAUUGCCAAGUUGAGGCCCCAGGCUCAGCUACCAGCCUCGCUGCCCCCAUCAGCCUGCAUGUGUCCUAUGCCCCACGCCAGGCCACACUCACCACCCUGAUGGACAUGGGCUCAGGACGACUGGGCCUCAUCCUGUGCCAUGUGGACAGUGACCCUCCAGCCCAGCUACGACUGCUCCACGGAGACCACCUGGUAGCCUCCACCCUGCAAGCUCUGGAGGAAGACUCAAGCAGCGAUCCCCGGCUACGUGUGUCCGUGACAGCCAACACACUGCGCCUGGAGAUCCACAACACAGUGCUGGAAGAUGAAGGCACCUACACCUGCGAGGCCACCAACUCCCUGGGGCAGGCCUCAGCUUCGGCUGACUUUGAUGCCCAGGCUGUGAGUGUGCAGGUGUGGCCCAAAGCCACCAUGCAGGAGGGGCAGCAGGUGAACCUCACUUGCCUUGUCUGGGCCACCCACCUGGCUCAGCUCACCUACACAUGGUACCAGGAUGGGCAGAAACGCCAGGGUGCCCGCUCCAUCUCCCUGCCCAACGUCACACUCGCCGAUGCUGCCUCCUACCGCUGUGGUGUGGGGUCCCCUGGCAAGGCACCUCGCUUUUCCACACCUGUCACCCUGGAUGUCCUCUAUGCGCCCCGCAGCCUACGCAUGACCUACCUCCUGGACAGCCACGGCGGCAGGCAGCUGGCCUUGGUGCUGUGCACAGUGGACAGCCAUCCACCUGCCCAGCUGGCCCUCAGCCAUGCCGGCCACCUCCUGGCCUCCUCAUCCACAGUCUCUGUCCCCAACACCCUGCACCUGGAGCUGCAGGAGCCACGGCCCAGCGAUGAGGGGCUGUACAGCUGCUUAGCCCGAAGCCCUCUGGGCCAGACCAACGCAUCCCUAGAGCUGCGGUUGGAGGGUGUAUGGGUUACACUGACUCCAUCAGCUGCUAUCCCUGAGGGAACCUCCGUCACAAUAACCUGUGAGGACCCUGCUGCACACCCACCUGUAUAUUAUGCCUGGUACCACAACGGCCGUUGGCUGCAGGAAGGGCCAGCUGCUUCACUUAAAUUCCUGAGGGCCACAAGGGCUCACACGGGCGCCUACUCCUGUCAGGUCCACGAUACCCAGGGCACACGCACCUCCCGGCUGGCCUCCUUGCAAGUCCUCUAUCCUCCCCGAGAUGCUGUCCUCUCUUCCUUCCGUGACUCCAGAACCAGCCCCAUGGUCAUGGUACAGUGCACUGUGGACAGUGAACCACCUGCUGAGCUGGCCCUGUCCCACAAUGGCACAGUGCUAGCCACCAGCCAUGGACUCCCUGGCUCAGCAUCUGAGACUGGAGACAUCCAGGUGGCCCGCAAUGCCCUGCGGCUGCAGGUGCCAGAUAUACCUGCAGGUGAUGACGACUCCUAUGUUUGCACAGCCCGAAACAUGCUGGGCUCAGUCAGUACCACCUGGCAGCUGCAGGUGGAGGGUGUGCGCGUGGUGGCUGAUCCAGGCCUGGAGGUGCCUGAGGGCACCGCACUAAAUCUGAGCUGCCACCUCCCUCAUUCUCCUGGGCUUGUGGGCAACUACACCUUCGAGUGGUUCUGGAACAGCCGGCCACUUCCCACACAUCCCAUGCCCACUCUCACCUUCAGCCAUGUAGGACGUGCACAGGCUGGGCUGUACCACUGCCAGGCAGAGCUGCCCUCUGGAACCUCUGCCUCUUCUCCAGUCAUGCUCCGAGUGCUCUACCCUCCUACGACGCCCACCAUGACAGUCUUUGUGGAGCCUAAGGGUGGCCUCUGGGGCAUCCUGGACUGCCGAGUAGACAGCCAGCCCCUGGCCAGACUGACCCUCCGCCUCGGCAGCAGACUAGUGGCCUCCAGCCAGCCCCAGGGUGCUCCCACAGAGUCACAUAUCCAAGUCUCAGCCUCCCCCAAUGCCCUGAGGGUGGACAUGCAGACACUGAGGCCCAGAGACCAGGGGGAAUAUGUGUGUUUUGCCUCCAAUGGCCUGGGCUCUGCCUCUGCCUCUGCCUACUUUGGGGUCUCAGCUUUGCACAAGCUGCAUUUGUUUCAGUGGCUCCUUUGGGUGCUGGGACUACUGGCUGCCUUCCUGUGCUUGCUGUUAGGCCUGGGGGCCUACAGUGUCUGGAGGAAGCGUUCUCACAAUUUGAGCACAGGCAGAAAUUUGUUGGAGAUGGACUUCCCCACUGGACACUACGCAGCUUAUUGAUCCUAUCACAGCCACAUGUACUCGGCCACUGAGCUGACAAGGUGGCACUGCCUGCCCUCAGGAGAAGAAGGAGGAGGAGGAGAAAGAGGAGACUGACAAACCAGGCACCGUGAAGCAGGCAGCUCUGGGUCCUGCCUACCUCUUCACAAGCAGCAUGGUGACAUCUGACUUUUGAAGACUUGGCUCCAAGCCUUUUGCCCCCAAGAAAAUUGGGUGGUGAGAGGUGGGGGAAGACUUUAUUUACCUAGGAGGAUGCUGAUUCCAGGGGGCCCUCAAGAGAACUGAGUUGAUGGCCUGGGAUUUAGCUCAGUGGUUCUACCACCUGCCUCACAAGCACAAGUCCUGAGUUCAAUCCCU